AUGCACCAAAUCUUCUGCGAGCGGCCUCCGGCGCUGGCUAACGGCCACCUGGACGUGAGCGUGCCGAGCCUGGCGCGGCACCCGUACAACGCCACGGUCCGGUACCGCUGCAGCGCCGGCUACAUCAUGCAGGGCGAGCCGGGCCUGCGCACCUGCGCCGUCAACGGGCGCUGGAGCGGCCGUAUGCCGCACUGCCAGCCGCUGGUCUGUCCGAUGCCGCCGAAGUACCCGCACGCGCGGUACGAACUGCUGAACGGCACGACCCGGUGGCAGGCGAUGGUGGAGUACUCGUGUGAAGAAGGAUUCGUCCUCAGCGCAGACUCUGGUCCCGUGCUGACCCAGUGUCAGGAGUUGGCGUCGUGGCAGCCCGUGCCCGUGAACAUCACAUGCGAGCCGGCGCCGCCGCCCGUGGCGCCGGACCCCGGCCAGGACGGCGCUGGCACGGGACGCGGUCUGACCGUCACGUCCGAGCAGCACGAGCCGAUGAGCAGUGGAGUGGUGGCCGGCAUCGGAGUGGUGGCCGUCAUCGCCAUCGCCGCCAUGAUCAUCGUUGGCAUCUUCUGCACCAGAAAACGGGUGUGGAAGCGGAGGAAGCGGUCCGGCCCACCCGGCACCGGCCCGGUGCUGCCGCCCGCCGACGUCAAGACCUACGACCAGGUGUACGAGCCGUCGUACCAGAACGUGCUGGAGAGCGCGCCGCCGGCGCUGCUGUCGUUCCGCGCGGCCGGCUCCCCGCGCCCGUCGUCCCUCGAGCCGGAGCGGCCGCGCGGCCGGCCCAUCGAGCCGCCCUACGAGACGCUGAAGGCGCGCCUGGCGGCCGACGCGGCGCCGCCCGACGACGCGUACGAGCCGAUCGCCGGCGGCCGCCUGUACGACGACGUGGCGCCGGAGCCCAACCCGUACCAGUCGCUGCCGCCGGCCGCCGGCGAGCCCGACUACGAGACGCUGGCCGUGUCGCGCUCCGCCGUUCGCGCGCCCGACGAGGGCGACUACGAUCUGGUGCCGGCGCGAGGCUACCGCGACUAUGACCAGGUGCCGGCCGCCAGCUACGAGGACUGCCGGUUCGCGGCCGGCGAGGGCGCCGUGCCAGAUCUGCUGAAGGGCGCCUCCGCCGGCGGUGAGCCCGACAUUCCGCCGGAGAUCCUGGCCCUCUACGCCAAGGUGAACAAGUCGAAGAAGCGCAACCGCGACGACCAGGGCGAGGGCGAGCCGACCGACCCGCCGUCGCCCAGCUCCAGCGCCGCCUCCUACACGCGCAACUUGAUCGAGAAGUUCAACCGGCUGGCCGGCACGGACGCGGAGCCGGAGGCGGCGCCGCGCCCGCCGCCUGGCGACGACAAAGUGCAAUACACUCAGGUGUGCGCCGGCGAGCGGGGCGGCGAGGUGCGGCGGCCGGCCGCCGAGCCGGUGGUGUACAGCGCCGUGCGGCCGCUGCCGCCCGUGCCGCCCGAGCCGUAGCUGCCCCAGCCGCCGCUCGCCGCGGCCGACCCAUAGUCAGUGACGGCUGUGUACUCGCCGGCGGGGCUGGCGCCGCGCGGCCGGAGGCGCUCGCGGCCGCACGCCGCAGCGACGAGAGCGAAGACGUCAUCGCUGGAAGUGCCGUGUGUUGUUCAGUUCAAAUGCUUUUGGCGCCAAUUCGCGCGGUAGCCAGAGUUUGUGUACCAUAGGACGGGCGUGGAGCUGAUCACCAAGAUCGCCACAUGCCAUGCUCUGGGCCGCCAGCGCUGACGACGGAGGCUAGUGUGGGGACAGGCGCUCCUACCGCACUGGCGGCUACUUGGACGGACGUGCGCGCAUAUCACCGAUUAUGUUAUCCGUGGCCGACAUCGAAGUGUCGAGCGCACGUACUGCUCGGCAAGCAAUACAAAUGCAAUGUAACGACGUACGCGACUCGAACCGCCGCAAGAGGGCAGCACAGGAGUGCGCGGCCGUGGAGGUGCUCAGCAUGACCUACAGCUGCCUGUGCGUAACCGGCUUGCGUCUGUGGCACGUCUCUCCAUACGAUGGUCGUUUUUCGAAGCCCCGCUGACUGAAACAAUGAGUGCAGGACCGCCCACGUCAAGGCGUAUCGUACAGAUUAACCCUCGACCCGGUCGGCAUUCUUCAUAGCGCGGAAUGAUGGUGUGGGCCGAUGCGACUUCUGGCGUUUCUAAUGAAACUAAUGGAAAUGGCGUUCAGUGAGAACCACGAGGAGAUUGGCCUCAAUGAGAUCUCGGGAUUGGUACUAGCUUUCGUGUCGUUAGGCCAACGACCGACCCAAUCAUGCAAGGCCAAAGGCCAAAUUUUCCCACAAUGGCACCGUCCCCUUUUCAAAUCGGAGCACAUUGGUGCAUCUUUUCGUGUUUUGAGCAUAUAUUUGAUAUAUGACUCCGUUAAUGUCACAAUGCCAGCCCGCCGCGCGCGUUUCGCGGCAUUGUCCGCUGCCGCCUGCCCGUCCGCUCAGGCCACAGAUCGCCGUGCAGUGUUUUCGAAAAAUCGCCGCUGCUCCGAUGCCACGAACGCUAGGAACACGUUUUUGGUGUCAAAACACGCGCGGUGGAUGCCGCAUAGGCCACUGAGAAUGUGGGCGCGAUUGCGCAUCAUGCCGGAGAGGCAUCAAAAUAAAAACC